AGGGGGAAAGCCAUGGGGGGUACCCACCCGGAACCCUUUCCCGGGCGCGCCCUCUCCGCUGGAAGAGGCUCAGAAAGACACUUUCCCCAGGAUCCUAAGUGUGGGGGCGGCUGCCUGGGGGUCUUGUCCGGCCUAAGGCCCCAGGCUCGGGAGAGUUGGCGGCGGGAACGAAGGACGUGCGGGGCCAUGGCCUAGGCCCCUGGGCUUCGGCUCCGGCCGCAAUGACCUCUUUGCCCUGCCCCCUCCCUGGCCGGGACGCCUCCAAAGCUGUCUUCCCGGACCUCUCCCCCCUCCCGUCGCUUGGCCUCCUGCCCGCAACCACAGCCUCCCCCGAUUUGCCCUACUCCGGCCCGUACGGCCACCUUCUGUCUUACCCCUACACCGGGCCGGCCACCCCCAGCGACUCCUACCUGCCCUGCCAGCAGCCCGCGGCGCCCGCUCAGCCCCUUUGCGGCCCCGCCGAGCACCCGCAGGAAGCGAAGGCAGACUCGGAGAAGCCACCGCUGUCCCUGGAGUCCUCCGAGCCCUCGGAGCGGAGCCAGCAGGCCCCCGCCAAGAAGCUGCGCAAGCCCAGGACCAUCUACUCCAGCCUGCAGCUGCAGCACCUGAACCAGCGCUUCCAGCACACGCAGUACCUGGCGCUGCCCGAGAGGGCCCAGCUGGCAGCGCAGCUCGGCCUCACCCAGACCCAGGUAAAGAUCUGGUUUCAGAACAAACGCUCCAAAUACAAGAAGCUCCUGAAGCAGAACUCUGGGGCACAGGAAGGGGACUUCCCCGGGAGACCCCCUUCCCUGUCUCCCUGCUCCCCACCCCUUCCAUCCCUCUGGGAUAUGCCCAAGGCAGGAGCCCUGCCCGAGGCCGGUGGCUAUGGCAACAGCUUUGGAGUGUGGUAUCAGCAUCACUCUGCAGAUGUCCUGGCUCCACCCCAGAUGAUGUGAGUCCCAGGAAGGGUGGGUCACGCCCCCAGCCUCCUACAAAGCCCAGGACCCUGCCCACCUGCACCCCUCUGGGCGGGGAGGAAACCAGGUCCAGAUGGGUUUUCUCGGGGGAGGAGGAGCUAGAGGAGGAAAAGGAGUGGGGUGGAGUUCUGUCCCCCUGACCCCAACAGCUAAAUCAAAGACUUAACCACUGCUCCCCCCAACACCAUGGACUGGACACCUUCCCUCCAGCUGGACCAAGGCUCAGGUGAGAGUCCUGCAGUUCUCACUGCCCCUCCCCGGGUCUCUGGUCUCCUCAGAAAGGACUGCAGCCCCCACCCCACCUCCCCCACUCCAGCCUGGGGGUGAAACCAGGAGGAAACUUGGAGUAUUUUUCCAGUGUGUGUGCCUUGGGCUUUGCCCAGCCCAUUUGUGAACAAAAGCAAAGCGGCCAUCCACACAGUUAGACACUACGGGUUCCACCCAGCCACACACUAAUUUGCCUGGUGGUCAGCCCAUGAGUCCCACCCCCAGUAGCUCUUCAUCAUCCUGAGGGAGGAAGGAUGCUGGGACACGGGCCUUCUGAAACAGACCGCUCUCUCGGAGUCUCCCUGUUGGAGUAGAUACUGGAUCCCGUUGUCUGCGAUUCACUGGGUAUUUAUGAAGAGUCCAUUCCCCCUCACCCCAGCACGACAGCUGUCAGACCCCUGUGCGCACCUCUUGGGAACCCAGGAGGGUGACACUUUGGGAGACCUGAGGACAAGCAGGCUCUCAGAUGGCUGCAGGUGCAGGCAUUCUGAAUUGGGCACAGGGCCCCAGCACUUUGGCCUCUCCUGGUCUCUGCCCGAAGGAACCGCUCAGAGACAUAACCUACUUGACUAGCAUGCCCCCAGUUCUCAGACCAUGAGCUGGCCAAGAUUAAAGUUUGUACCAAAACCUGGGCCCUGGAUUCGAGGUGUGUCUGUCUCCUGAUUUCCUCUCUCACACUGACUUAUCCUCCCCUGAGCCAGCACUCGGAGGCAGUGGGUUCUGGUUUCGCCUAUGCCACUGGCUUGCUCUGUGAUUCUAGCUCUCGAGCCUUCUAGCAUCGCCCCAUACUGUCACAUGCUGCAGUGUAAAACAAAAGAUGCUCACGCUGGGAUGACCAAGGAAGGCCUGAGUGAGCCUUGCUGGCGAAUUGUCUCCUGGCCCAGCUCUGGAGGGAGCCAGGCACCGCCCCCCCAACAGUGGGGGAGAAACCUUGCUCUCCUCUGGGAGAAGACACGCCCACUGAGCCACUCGGUCCACCUGGGGGAAGUAGAAUGGCCCUUGCCUGCCGCAGCAUGAUGGGGAAGGGGAGGGAGGAAGGGACUAGAAUUCUCCAUCCAACACACAUUUGUACAGCCUCUGCUCUGUGUUAGUUCCGGGGAUACCAAGGCAGAUGCCCCAGGCUAACAGGGAGCCAGAAAAAUGAACAGUCAUUUGUGUGGCAAGGGCAGA